AUGAAGACACACAGAAGAAUUCUUCUUUACAAUCUUUUUCAUUGCAUUAUUCUUUUCUCCUUUUCCCACACUUCUUUCUCUGUAUUUUUUCUUCAACCUUCAAUUUCUUGGUUUUGUUUUAGCGAAUUUAACUUUUUAUCUUCAUCUUCCAUCUUUUCUUCUUACAUUUCUGUGUUUCUUUUUCUUUUUACCUUCUUUUCUUCCUUGCCUUUUUUUGUUUAUCCAUACCUUCUUUCUUUCUUUUUGACUUCCUUUCUUUUUUGUCAUCUUUCCUUCCUUCGCUUCUUUUAUAUUUUUUCUUCUUAUUUCUUUAUUUUUCUUCUUUAUUCCCGCGUUCCUUCCUUUCGUCUUGACUUUCUUUCCUUUUGUCAUCUUUCAUUCCCUCUUUUUUUUAUAUAUUUUUCUUCUUUCAUUCUUGCGUUCCUUCCUUUCGUCUUGACUUUCUUUCUGCCUUCUUUGCAUUGUCUUCUUUUAUCUUUUUGCUUUUCUUCUUUCUUUUCCACUCGCUUCUUUUCUUCUUGCGUUUCUUCCUUUCUUCUUGGAUUUCUUGUUUUUCUUUUACCUUCUUUUUUUCCUCGUCUUUUUCUUUUUUCCUUUUCUUUUUUUCCUUAG